AAAAAGUUCAAAAAAUCUGAAAUUUUUCAAAAAAUUUUUUUUACUCGAAAAAACCAAGAAAGUGUUAAAUUACGUUCCGAACAUCAUUUAGGGUAGUUUCGGUGAAUUUUAGACUCUUACCUUUAAGAUAAGAACUUGAACAUUUUUGAAAAAUCUCAUGACCCCGGACCUGCAAAAAAGGUCAAAAAAUCUGAAAUUUUUAAAAAAAUUUUUUUUACUCGAAAAAACCAAGAAUGUUUUCAAAUACGUUCGGAACAUCAUUUCGGGUAGUUUCGGAGAAUUUUAGACUCUUACUUUUAACCCUUUAAUUCCUUAUCCAGAUGUACAUCUGGAUAAGACCACGUGACCGAUACCCUAGCCGAAAAUAUUUUAUUUUGGAGCUCCAAGGCAACAUACCCUCCUUAACUUAUGCUAAAAUUGCUCAAAUAUGAUUGGACAGUUAGAAAAUUAUACUUAUUUGAUUAAUUUAUGCGCUUCUUUCGUAUAAAUAUCCCAGACAACGUGGGCCUGUAACCGCCAUCUUGACUGAUCUUGUUGCGUAUGUCGUGAAUGAGGCGUGUUUUUCAAAAUUGAUUUUAAAAUGGAUAAUGAGAACGGACUUGACUCAGAAGAUGAAUUUGAGAUCGACUGUGCCUUAUUAAGUGGUAGAGAGGUAGAAAUUCGGUUUGUAGCACCGCUGACGGAAAGAGUGGACGAACCAAGACGAAGGAAGCCCCGCAGGAAGCGACAAAGAGAAGAAAAUCCUGAAACUUCGAAUGAGAGUGGAUCGCAGAGUCUGGCUGGUUCAGGACAUCCAGUUGAGUUGGACGAUGAGUUGGACGGAGCUGUAGUAGUCGAUGAGAUCCAUGACGAGUCAGAAGUUAGUGAAGAGGAGUAUCAGGAUAGUGAUUGUAGUUUGGCAGAGUCUCUAGGCUACACAGGUGAUAGGGAACAGAAAUGGCUUCCACCCAAAAUGUAAGCAGUGUUGGCCCAAAAGUAGUUUGGGCGAGAGGCAGUGCCCCUUGUAGAGCCUUAGACUUUUUCUUGCUUUUUUUUUCUUUUGAUCUGAUGGGAACCAUAAUUGAAAACUCAAACAUUUAUGCUGUGUAUGGUCAAGGAAUAGGUCAAAGCUACAUGUCCCAGGACCAUGGUUGCCAUGUGUGGAGACCCAUUGAUUUGAUGGAAUUUAGGAGAUUUCUUGCCUGUCUAUUUUAUAUGGGUAUUGUUAAGGCCCCUGCUAGGCGUAACUACUGGCAGAAUGAUAAGCUUUUUUCUGGUCUUCUUGGGUCAAUGUUUAUUCCAACAUUUUCUAGGUAUUGUGGAAUACUUGCUGCCCUUCAUUGUGUAAACCCUGAGAUAGAGGACAAAAGUGAUCCAUUAGGAAAAAUAAGGAAUUUCUAUGACCAUAUGCGAAGUCGCUGUAAAGAACUUUUUACUCCUGGUAAAUGUGUGUCAAUAGAUGAACGUAUGGUUAAGUCUAAGGGUAGGUUCUUCUUCAAACAAUAUAUAAUGAAUAAGCAAACUAAAUGUGGUUUCAAACUUUGGGUUCUAGAUGAUUCUGCUACAGGCUACAAUUGGGAUAUGGUGGUUUAUACUGGUAAAAGCAGAGGAUGACUGGGAUGAUUUCACUGUUGUUGAUAAUAGUUUUGAAGGGAUAGAAAGAGGGCUUGGUAGAGCUAAGGCUUUUAAUGAAAAUCCCGAUGCAGAAAGUGCAGGAAAUCUCAUCAACCAAUUGGCUGCCAGAGUUGUUAUUAAUUUAACAAAACCUCAGGUAAACAGGGGGUAUGUUCUUUUUGCUGAUAACUUUCAUUGCAGUGUCCCAUUGUUCCAAUAUUUGAUUUCAGUUGGUAUAAAUGCUGUUGGUACUGUGAGGGAAAAUUCCUCAUUCUUUCCUGAGUUAAUGAAAAAUAGGCAGUCUUGGGGGAAGAAACUUGUUAAAGGAACAAUAAGAUAUAUAAGAAAUGGAGAAAAGCCGAAUGAUGUGUUCAGUGGGUUGAUUGGAAUGUUGUAUCUGUUCUUUCCACCUACCAUUCUGCCAAUUAUUAUGAUUAUGGUACAAGGAAUACCAAGGUUGAUUGAAGUCAUAGAAAGGUUAAGGUUUUGUGGCCUAAAUGCAUUUCAGAUUAUAACAAAGAUUUGAAUGGUGUGGAUUUGUCUGAUCAGAUGUACGAUAUGUAUUCUGUUCAAUAUAGGACUAAAAAGUUUUGGAAAACAUUAUUCUUUCAUUUUGUUGAUAUUUGUGCUUGGAAUACAUAUGUGGCUUAGUAGCCUAACCCCUGAGCAGAAAAUGUAUAAGAACUAUUCUUUUCUUGAUUUUAAAAAGGAUUUAGCCCUUCAGCUUGCUUUUGUUGAGCAGAAAGCCAUUAGAGCAGAACCAGAGGUCAGAUCAUUUGCAGAUUUAGGUACUAAAGUUAGUAAUGUUAGUAAAACGUUAGUUAGUAAUUAGGGACUUAAUCUGUAAGGCAACAGCUCAUGCAGUAAAUAGUGCAAAGCAAAGAUAAGCAACUUUGGACAAGGCAGUUAGAAAAAAGGAAUUGUGGCAGAAUAGAUUAAAAAAAGGACAUUUGCUGGCGAAGCUCGAGAAACACCAAGUUUACAAAGUUUCCUCAGUUAUGAAGUCAGUGCAUAGCAUAGAUCGAAGUUAUAGGGCAAAAACCUCGCAAUUUGGCUGUGUUGUAUGUGAUAUCCCUUUGCAUAUUGGAGAAAGAAACUGCUUCUUGCUUUUCCAUUCCCCAGAGUUUGAGCUGUACAAGGAAGCUUUCCUAAGUUACAGUCGUGAUUGCUAGAUUAGUUGUUGUUUUUGGUAAAUGCAUGUAGAUUAGAUAGAGAAAAAGCCAUAAAAAACAUUUUGGUCAAAAUUACAAUCUUUUCUCUCCAAAAUAUUGUGAUUUUUACUUGUUUUCUUUCUCUUAAAAGUCAAAAUCGAAAUUGCCGAAUUGAAUUAUUUUAGACCCAUUGUUGCAUACUAAUUAAUUAAAAAAAGACUGUUCAAGAAAAAUGUUGAUAUUUCAACUCAGUGUGCUAAGACUAUGACAAAAUACAUUAUUGAAAGAAAAAAGUAGUUAAGUGUUUUAUUAUUGGAGAUCAUUAACCUUAAUUUAUAAAGUUCUUUUCUUUGAUAUUUAUUUAAUUAUGCAAAUUGGAUGCUAAUUAAUGUCAAAUUAUAGUAUAAUUUUGGCAUAAUAAGAUUAUUUGCAUGAAAUACAGCUAUUGAUGAUUAUUUGGGCCAAAGAUCAUCCAAUUAUCUUGAAAAAUAAAUUUUUAUUGAGUUUUUAGAUAAAGUAGGCAGAAUUCUGUCAAUAACGAAAGCUGAACAUAAUACACUGGUGACAUAUUUCGUGAGAUAUUUUUGUCUGGUGCCUUAGAAAAUCCAUUUGUAAACUCAAUAUUGAAAGUAAGUUAGAUAUGUCCCUCAUGUACUCUACAAAUAUCUGUGAUUGAGUUGCACAACUUUUAAAAAGAAUUUCAAUAAAAGCUUCAAACUCAGCUUAAAAUAAAAUGACGUUUAGUGUUUCUUGCAAUGGCUUUUGCACAAUCGUAGUUGCAUCAUAAAAGCUUUAGAGUAGGUCUUCUGCUCUGCAGCAUUUUUUGAAGAUGUGAGAACUAAAUGAACUAUAAUAGAAAUCUCUUAAUAGAGACUCAAAAUAACCAUAAUUUACUCCAGCUUUGUCCUGAUUCAAUUUUCACUAUCUCUAUCAAGCUGAGCUCUUGAAAACAUAACCUAACUCUUAACAUCACUUCAAGAUUUGUCUAAUUCUUCUGCAUUUUCUUUAAGAGCCUUCUCCCGCUUCUCCUUCAAAAUAUCAUUUUGGCGGAACAGAUCCCAAAGGCAAGCUCUCUCUACCAACAUCGCUAUAAGCUUACUGAUUUAGCCACUCUCCCAUUUCUUCACUCCAAAUAGUUAAUUUACCCUGAAUAUUUUCCCUGAAAUUAUAUUAUGUUUCUUGAGAAGUUUGGAGCUUUCACAGUCAUUCUCUCUUUUCUUCCCUGGUUUUGACACUUCCAUGGUAUUUUUUAGAAGAAGUCCCAUUGCUUUAAUAGCAUCUUCAUUGGCAUCAUUCAUAUCCAUGUAACUAUUCUCACUGACUUCAAAAGCCAAAAUUUUUUAAUCUCAGUGAAACUUCAUCAAACGUUGAAACUGGAGAUGAUGGUGGUCAAACAAUAGCAAAUGUUGCUAGAUAAAAUACAGGAUUGUUUGGCCAGGGCCUUAAGCAGUGGAAAUUCAAAAAUUGUGAAGAAAAUGGAUAUUUUCGCCCAGCUUUAAAGUGUAAAUAUAGAGAGUUGGUUGGACACCCUUCAUGAAUCUGAGUCAAGGCCAAAACAUUUGAGAAAAGCUACUGAAGAAGGAGCAAACAAUAAAGAUGAAGCAGAACACAUCAAAUUUUUUGAUUGGACGUUUUCUGCAUCUGCAACAGAAACCCUGCCAAUUUCAAGUCAGCUAUGAGAGAAAAGAUGAAAAAUCGGGUGUGGCAUAUGCAUUCGACAUUUAGACAUUUUAUCAACAUUUGCUUUUUCCUGGCCUUCAAGAAUGAUGGCCUCUGAAAUUGAAAAUAGAUUUAAUUUCAAUAGCAAAGCACAAAAAUACUCUUUAAACUGAUCCCUUAACAAGAUUUGAGAAGAAAAAGUGUGUGAAAUACUGCCAAUUCCACUGAGAAUUGAUUCUCAGAAAAAUAAUUUUCAGAGUGAAUGAUUCAAACUUGAAAGGGUAUCAAUAGAUACCUAAGUGGCUACAUACCAUACCUAUGAAGACAGUGGCUUCAUAGAUACAUACCUAUGAAGACAAAUGCAAAUUUUACAAUUUUCAACUGUAUAAAUAUCAACGCAAACUGAUUUCUCUUUUGUUAAUUCCCCCAAAUACCUUCCAAUUAAUUUUGAAAAGAUAGAAAAUGAUAUAAUGGAAUCAUUCAUCAAAAGUGACACUCUGCUAUCUGAAAGUCAAGAUCUAUCAGCCAAAAUAAUUGAAUUAGAAAAUCAUUGGAACCUGUGGAGUUGCACCUUGCUCAAGUUAAACUGUCUAUUUCUUCAUUGAAAAGUUAAAGUCUGAUAGUUCUGCAGCAAGGUUUUACACUGGUUUUACAAACUUUCUAACACUGAUGUCAACAUUUGAAAACUUGGAACCUAAAGUUAUGCAAAUACAAUUGAAAGUUGCUUUGUUUGUUGAUGAUUUAGCUGAUGAUUUAGCUGAUCAUUUUGAAAUUUCUUCAAGUCAGGUUUCAAAAAUCUUUACAACAUUGAUUUGUUUUCUCUACCAUGAACUCAUACUGCUUUUCAAACCCCCUUUCUCAAGAGGUUGUUCGCCAAGCCAUACCUGCUCAAUUUAAAGACUUCCCAACAACAAGAUUAAUAAUAAUUAAUUGCACGGAAAUAUUUGCAGAAGUCCCAUCAUCUAUGAAAGCAGUCACAAACAUGGUCUGAAUACAAGCACCAAAAUAAAUGGAAAGUUUUGAUUGGCAUAUCACCUUUUGGCCUAAUUACCUUUAUGUCAAAGUUGUGGUCUGGUAAGGUCUCUGAUAAAGAAAUCACUCCAAGUUCAGGCGUUCUAGCACUUCUUGAGGAUGGUGACAAUCUUGUGGCUGACUGUGGCUUUAAUUUCAAAGAUAUUCUUCCUCCUGGUGUGACUCUAAACAUCCCACCUUUUAAGGGUUCACAAGCACAACUCAGAAUGAAUGAGACUGAAGAAACUGCUCGCAUUGCUUCUGUACACAUUCAUGUGGAGCGUGCCAUUGGAAGGGUGAACAAUUACCAUAUCCUGGAUGAUGUCCUUCCAUUAUCAUUGCAUUCAACGGCUAAUCAGAUUGUCACUGUUUGCUGUCUACUUACAAACUUUUUGCCAAUUUGAGUUGAACAAAUAAAGUACUUCUAUAUAUAUCUAUAAAAUUUCUAUACAUUUAUCUAUCUUUGUUUGAGCCAUGUUACAUCUAUUCUGUAUGCAUAGUAAACAAUGCUUUAGUAAAAAUUAUAUAUGUUCCAAUACUUUAGAACAUACACAAUGUUAAAUCUACCCUGUAUGUAUACUAUACGAUGAUAUUUUGUAAAAAUUAUACAUGUACCAAUACUAUACAGCAUACACAAUGUUUACUUGAAUACAUAUUUAGCGAUGAAAAACUCUUUAAAAAGGCUUUCAGAAAUUAUUAUGUUUAGCCAACGAUAUUGAAAAAUGUUGCAAACAGGAUUUAUUUUCUGCGUGUAUAUCUUAGUAGUGGCAUAGGGGGAAAAUGCGUGAUGCUGGUCAUGGCAGCACGGGAUUGCGGGCACAAACACUCCACAUUGAUGGAAACACAAGGUCAGUGGUUGAAUCAGAAAAUGUCAACAACAGGUUAGGUGUGGGGAAGAGACUAGCAUUAAAAAAAGUUCGAAAAGGUAAAUGAGUAGCUAUCUAUCAGUAAAAGUAUCGAUUUCUAUCAUCUAUCUAUACCUACUUUUCAAAAUAAAAGCAAUGACACGAAAUGGAAGUCACUACAAUUCCACCUCCUGGAUUGUAGUGGAAGUGAAUAACAGGCAACAUUGCCGUGAGAAAAAAUGUCAACUAACUAAAAAUCUAGCUUUUCCAACAAUAUGAAAUUAUCACUGCCGACUUUGCAAAACUGUAAGGUUUCACAUGGUAACUUUCUUUCAUUGUGAAUUUAUUGCCUAUUUUGGCAGGGCAGAGGACUUUAGCCAGCAGUUUUAUCUUUUGAAUACCACCUCGUUGAUUGUAGUUGAAGUGAAUAACAGGCAACAUUGCGGCAAGAAAAAAUGUCAACUAACUAAAAAUCUAGCUUUUGCUAGAACACAAAAUUAUACUAAAACUAAAUUCGCAAUCAUUUCAAGUGGGAGCAAAUUCGAAGCUUUGGUACAUGCGUAAAGUACUUCUUAUUUUUCGAUAAAUGUGCAAAAUUUCUCAAGGCAAGCGACUGGGGCACAAGAUAUAAUGGUGUCUUUCAUGUAAUGAAAAUGGCUGUCAAAAAGGUAAUUGCUUUUAUUUUCUAUUAUGAUGGCCAUAGCUUAGUCAGGGUUUAUUAUCAAAACAAUCGCAACCUUUCUCUUUUGUGAUGAUAACCUCUCUAUUUGUCCUAACAGAUCUUGCAAGUCAAUCACAGCCUUCCGUGGCUCGGACAUAUACAAACCAAGGUGACCGAGUUGUAUGAUGUCUUCAACAUACAUGUUUUAGUUCCCAUUUAUUUUUGGUAAUAUUCUAUAAAGAGCAUUGCCUCCAUUGAUAAUUCUUAUGUAUUGUCUGGCAAGACUUUCGUGGUUAUCAUUGACCAUCAAAAAAGAAUCAUUCAACCAAUGAAGACAGGCAAUCGCGGAAAUGACACAGCAGGAAUUGAUUCCGUCAAACAUAUUGAUGUCGUUAUGAUUAGUCAGUCCUGGCUGACUGUAUUUCUACGGCAGACUUAUUUUGGUGACAGACCCAAUUUUAAAGACAGAGAGAUCAGUUUCUGUUAUAUCGGGACUGAAAGAUGAUGUUAAGUGCCAUGAACAUCCACAAGGUACUUUUAUGCCCUCAUUGGAGCAAACUUUCCCAGACCUGUUAAAUUUUCUUUUGCUUUUUCUUCCACUGUGGCCACGUGAAGAGUGCAUGCAUUUUUUAGAAUGGGAAGGCCUAGUUUGCCCAUCCACUUUAAUAAUCGCUGUCUUUUCUCUACUAUUAUCGGGUUUUGCAGGUUUUGAGGAGUCUUAACUUGCACGAAAUUUUGUGGAUUAUAUCAUUAAAUUUUUCUUCGAAAAUAUCAUCAAGGGGUCAUUCCAUGUCAAUGUGAAACAGUCACAUAACCCACCACCUCAGAUUUUGAUGAUUUUUGGUCGACAUGUUGAAAACCAUGACAUAAACAUAAACUGAAAAUUUCAUCUUCAUAUCUUUUACUAUUAAAAAGUUAGACGGGUUUGAAAUUUUAAUAAUUUUGGCACAUUUUUCAAUGAUCUGCCACUUUGAAUUUUUGCUAUUAUUUACUUAAAUUAGAACCAAUGAAGAAAUGAUACAUUUAAAAUGAAAAUAAACCAGACAAGCUAAUCAACUAUGUAGAUGUCAAAAACAUGAUCAAAAAUUUCCAGUCACAAACAAAAGUCAUUCUAAAUAUAGAAAAAGAAGGGGAAUUUGUUGCCAUGGCAACAGCCGGUGAAGAUAAUGGUGUGAAUUUCAUCAUGUUGCUUAAGUUGGAAUGAUUUGAGUUUUUAAAUUUGAUUAGAGUACUAAAGGAACAAGUAAGAUAGAAAAAACUGUUAGGGUGUUUUCUUCCUUUAUUGAAAUAUGGCAUGUUAAAAAUUGCCCAAAAUUAGCAUUUUCAUGCAACAAUCGAAGUAAGAUAUUCUCUCUCUUUUAAGCGAUGAUAAUUCACUAAAUCUAAAUCAAUACUGAAAUUCUCUGUUUGGAAAUCUUCUGUAUGCUUGUUUUGUUUUUCUAUCUUUAAUUCAGCUUGCUUUUAAUAUACUUUCAUUAUUUAGCUUCAAGUUUACAUUUUGCUAACGCUGAUAGAGAUUUGCCUGUCUUGGAUAGGAAAAGAUACAUAUUGCACUGAUUUACAUGAUAUACUGAUGAUGUAUAUUAAUUGUUUGAGCUCGUCAAAUCAGGUGUAGUUAAAAAAAUUUUGCCCUUGAUUUGAUGACAUUUCCUAUUUGCUCAUUUUGAUUUUGCUAAUUUUCUCUUUCAAAUCUAAUUCAAAGAAUUUAUAUUAGCUAUAAAACUGUCUAUAAUUUUUAGGAAAUUCUUUUAUUUUUCAAUCCUGCCAUUGGUCUGCUAUUGGAUUCAAUUCAAGUGAAAUUCCUUAGAGAUUGUAUUGCUAAGACAGCUAUUGCUGCUCCUUGAUAAUCCUCUUAAGAUCUAUUUUGUAAUUUUCACACCUUUCUAGGGUGUGUCAAAACUACAUUGUCUGCAAUACAAAAAGUUUUCCUUUUAAAGAUCCUGCAACUACAAUGUGAAAUUGAAAAGUCUAGUGUUAAUGUUUGCAAUGCUUUUUUUUAUUAAUUGUCACCUCUUUGAAUUAUUUAAGUAAGCAUUUCACAAGAAUAUAAAAUAGUUUCAAAGACACAGGAAUUACAUCAUAAUUAUCAUUGUGAAGAAAACAAGUUAAAAAACCCAAUGAGAGGGAUGUUGGUCAUUUUUCAGUUUACUAUUGCCCUGUUAGACUACUGCUCCUUAUGGUAACUCUUGUUCAAUUGGAAACUCAUUGGGAGAUGCCUGUCAUUUGUUAACCUACAGUAGAACAACUGGUCUUAAAACCAUUGAAUCUCUGCCGAAAAAUGUCAGAGAACUGAUAUUUUGGAGGUCCGAAUUGUCCAUUUUGAAUGUUAAUGCAAAUAUAUGCUACCACCAUGAAUAUAUGCUGACUACAAGAUUCCAAAUGAACUUUACUCGUUGCGCUGACCCAUUCAAAAAACACAGAAAGCCUGUGAAAGGUUUGUAGAAAUAUUUCAAAUUCACAUUCAAUUUUUUUUAUUUUUAAUAAAAAAUCCUGCUGUACAUAAUCUCUUUUAAAAUACUGGUAAAAUUUUGUUAAAUAAUGGUUUUAAUGAGUUACAAAUGUGGUGUAGUUUUUGUGAAGAUUUUUGUUUGAUGACUGGAUCAGGCUAAUGAUUUUUCUUAAAUAUAUAUAUUUUAUUUAUGUAUAAAUAAAAAUUUUCAAAACUGAAGCUUGUAUAUUUAUUUCAAAAUGCAUUUUUUAUUCUUAGGUGGAUUGAAAGAAGUAAAGUUGUCACUGGCACAGUACAUGGUCACAAUUGGUUUUAUGAUUGUUCCUGGAGACAAACUAUGUCCCUCUUGUUUAAAGGAAAUUAAUGACCUGAAACUGGAAGUAGAGGGAAAGCAGAAUUCACCAAUGGCAGAGGACAACAAGUUGAUUGAAAAGUUAGAGCAAGACACAUUGAAGAAGAGAGGGAGUUGUUGCAUAAAACGCUAACUACUCUUGAUGUUUCACCGAUGAAAGUGCAUUCUCUGCCAAAAUCAUCAAAACUUAAGCGAGGGAAAAGAAAGUUGCGACAGAUAAAUGAAGCCGCUUCAAAGAAGGUUGCAGCAAUACUAAAUGUGGAACCAGAUGAUUUAGAGGAGUCAGAUGAAGGGAAAGAGCAGAUAGAGGAAUUUAUCCAGAAAGCCAGCGACUUAGACUUUUUGGUCAGUCUCAUGAAAGAAAAAUUGGAGGUUUCAUGUUGACGGGAGAAAAUCCAAAUUCUUACACUGAUUCCUAAUUCUUGGUCAGUACGGAAGGCUUCAAACAUAUUUCAAGUACCUGUUUGCAUGGUCAGGAAGGCAAGAGAAAUAAAAGAAGAGAAAGGGAUUCUUGGUAUGCCAGACAAAGUGACUGGCAAGAAAAUUAAAGAGGUGUUUUUAAAUGCUGUUCAAUCUUUUUAUUGCAGCGAUGAAAACAGCCGACAACUUCCAGGAAAGAAAGAUUUUGUGAGCCUUGGACAAAAAAGACAUAUGCAAAAGCGACUUCUUUUAUGCAACAUAAAAGAGCUAUAUUCCUUGUUCAAGGCUGAUAAUCCUGCUUUCUGUAUUGGGUUUUCCAAGUUUGCAAGCUUAAGACCAAAAUGGUGCAUCCCAGUUGGUCCCAAGGGGACACAUUCUGUGUGUGUCUGCACUUCUCAUCAGAAUCUGAAGCUUCUUCUUGAUGCUGCAAAUUUAGGACACCAGUACCAUGACCUGAUUGAUAUGGUAGUCUGUGACAGUACUUCCAGAGGAUGCAUGAUUCACAGAUGUGCACGAUGUCCUGGAAUUGAAACUGUUGAAGAUUGCUUACGCAAUAUCUUCACAGAAUCAACAACAUUUGGAGAAGGCAAGGAGGUUGAAGAUGAAGAUGAUUUUACUGAAGUCACUUUUCAUCAGUGGAGAUCUUUGGACAGAGCUGAACUGGUUUCCCAAACUCUCCCAGUUCCUGAUUUUAUUGAUAAGUUGUGUUGCCAGCUAGAUCAAAUAACCAGCCAUUCGUUUAUUGCAAAGUCGCAAGCUUCUUAUUUGAAGAGGUUAGAAGAAACUUCGAAUAAGGACGAAGUUAUUGUUUUACUGGACUUUGCAGAAAACUUUAAAUUUGUGAUCCAAGAUGAGUGAGGUCCAGGGCUAUCACUGGAACCAGAAGCAAUGCACAUUACAUCCGGUAGUCAUUUACUACAAAGAAAAUAAUGGAGUCAUUGGAUCAACAUCAUUAUGCUUUUUAUCCGAUGACCUGGAACAUGAUGUGCAUUUCGUAUAUAAUGUGUUGAAAGCCACUGCACAUCAUAUCAGGGAAAUGAUAUCAAUGGACAUAAAGGUUGUCCAUUACUUUUCUGAUGGUUGUGCAGGCCAGUAUAAGAACUGCAAGAAUUUUUUAAACUUGUGCCACCAUAAGGAAGACUUUACAAUUAGUUGUGAGUGGAAUUUCUUCGCCACCAGCCAUGGUAAAUCCCCAUGUGAUGGGAUUCGAGGUACAGUUAAGCGUUUAGCUGCUCAAGUCAGCCUGCAACGACCAAUGAAAAACCAAAUUAUUUCUGUUGAGGCAUUAUUUCAAUUUUGUAAAACAGAAGUCAAAGGAAUCAACUUCUAUUACAUUACAAAGGAGGAAAACAACUUGACAAGAAAAGAUCUUGAGAAACGCUUGACAGCUGCAAAAACGAUUCCAGGAACUAGGGGGUUCCAUCAAUUUGUACCGCAAUCCAAAGCAUUGAUUGGAGCAAAAACAAUAUCAGAAACCCCUGAAUUUGAUGUCAAGUUUGAUUUCAAUCUAGCUGUCAUUGAACCUCAUGACGAUAUUGAAAUCGGAGAUUACCUUGUGUGCAGGUAUGAUACACAUUGCUGGGUUGGAGUGACUAUUGAAGUCAGUAGUGAGAAUAAAGAUGUUGCCAUAAAAUUUUUGCAUCCACAUUUGCCAUGUGUAUCAUUUAUGUGGCCAAGGCGUGGUGACGUACGUUGGGUGCCAACAUCAAACAUUCUGAAAAAGGUACAACCACCAAAACCAUCAACGAUGACUGGAAGGCAAUACACCUUUGAACCAAAAGAUGCUCUUGAAAUAGAACUGUAGACAAUAUGUAUAUAAUUGAGCAUUUUGUAGAUUUUAAUGUACAUAAUUUGUCAAAUAAUUGAAAGUUUGUUGCAUUGAUAUCAAUUGACACUCAGUGAAUAUGACCUUUUUGAAUCAUAUAUCUGUAAGAUGUUGAAGUCAGAGCUUUAAAAGAUGCACAACACUGUUUUCUUUAGAUUUACUGAACACUCUUUGCUUAAAAGAGAGAGAAUAUCUUACUUCGAUUGUUGCAUGAAAAUGCUAAUUUUGGGCAAUUUUUAACAUGCCAUAUUUCAAUAAAGGAAGAAAACACCCUAACAGUUUCUUCUAUCUUGCUUGUUCCUUUAGUACUCUAAUCAAAUUUAAAAAUCAAAUCAUUCCAACUUAAGCAACAUGAUGAAAUUCAUGCCAUUAUCUUCACCGGCCGUUGCCAUGGCAACAACUUCCCCUUCUUUUUCUAUAUUUAGAAUGACUUUUGUUUGUGACUGGAAAUUUUUGAUCAUGUUUUUGACAUCUACAUAGUUGAUUAGCUUGUCUGGUUUAUUUUCAUUUUAAAUGUAUCAUUUCUUCAUUGGUUCUAAUUUAAGUAAAUAAUAGCAAAAAUUCAAAGUGGCAGAUCAUUGAAAAAUGUGCCAAAAUUAUUAAAAUUUCAAACCCGUCUAACUUUUUAAUAGUAAAAGAUAUGAAGAUGAAAUUUUCAGUUUAUGUUUAUGUCAUGGUUUUCAACAUGUCCACCAAAAAUCAUCCAAAUCUGAGGUGGUGGGUUAAAAAAUUACAAUUUUUGUUUCAUUCUGAGAUGGAAUGACCCCAAGGCUAAUCUUAAUUGCGAAGUCAUUUUCAUCAUUUUCAUCAUCAUCAUUAUUGCCACGUUUGUCAUUUCUGGAGCAAUUUUUUUCUGCAUUGUGCUCUCCGAAAAUUGAUGAUGUAGCAAGACGAAAUGUUUCAUUUUUUGGGUGGGCAUUGCAAAUCAAACAGUAAUUUACAUGUCCUGUACAAAUGUUAUGGAAAGCAUGCCAACAACCUUCAAGUGAACAGCAUGGUAAAUUCACCCUACAUUGCUGUUAUGAUGGACGACACAAGUGAUUCAAGCAAUGUUGAGCAGUCAGCAAUUUCAGUUAGACUUGUUGAUAAUAGUAAUGUAGAAGAACAUAGGCUUGGUCUGGUUGAUGUCUCCAAAGAUACAUCAGCAGAUGGUUUAACUAAAAUUCUCCUGGACACCCUAAGCUCAUUCAAUUUUACCUCAAAAACAUGAGCAGAGAAGCUUAAAGGACAGUCCUAUGAAGGGACUGUAGUAAUGAGUGGCCGGUUCAGCAGGGUGCAAAGACAAAUGUAGGACAAGUUUCCAUCCAUAUAUCAUCAGAACUGCAUAGUUAUAAUAUGCACUGGCACAGAAUGGCACUCUGCGCAUCUAAAACUGCAGGUAAAAUCCCCAAGAUCGCAGAAUUUUUCAGCACAGUUGACAAAUUGAUAACUUUUUUAUAUCUAGCCAAAAACGAACAUUGGUUCUUGGGCACUGCUUGCCAAAACCAGGAAAAACAAGAUGGCUUUCUUGCGAUACUGCAGUGACAAUAAUAGAUGUAUGGUAUGAGACAAUCGGCACUGCUUUAUAUGAGUUUUCAACUGAUACCACCCAGAAAGCUGAAAACCAGGCUAAUGCAAGGCGCCUUUGCAAACAGAUUCAAGAAAUUGAUUUCAUCUUUUUACUGAAACUGUACAGAAAAUUAUUUCAUCACUGUACACCAAUCAUAAAAUUAAUGCAAAAUCCAUCUUUUGACGCUAUCCAACUUGCUUCUAUGCUUGACCACUACCAGCAGGUCCUACAGUUGUAUGACUCGAGUCAGACAUGGGCAGAUGCAUUAAGCAUGGAUCCAUCUCUGCCAUAUAUUCGCACUAGAGGAGAUUGGAGGGGAGUAGAGCAAAAAAUGGAUAGUUUGGAGAGCUGGCGGCAAUCUCUGCAGAAAGUUGCUGCAAACCUUACGCAAGAAUGUUCAAAGCAGAUUCAAUGGAGGUUUGAAAAUCUAAAAAAGUUCAAGUGGGAAUCGAUCUUGUUCAUCCAGUUAAAUUUAACCAGCACAGGAUGGCUACUGUCAACGACAAAAGGGCCCUAAUUAGCGAAUUAAAAGAGUUAUAUCCAUUUGUUGUACCUGAUACAGUGGAUCUUGCUAAAACAGAAGAUAUCAGGUAAGACAAAGACAAAGAGUUCAUGGGGUAUGGACAAAAUGAGUGAUUAUAGUUCACAAAAUUCAAACAUUGCAACAAUUGAUGUGAUUGAAUGUUUCAGUUAAUGAUUUGAUUAAAUAAACUGCUUAUAUUAUUGAUCGUAUUUUUGAAGUUAACUUUUAAAAUUAUUAUUUAUUGAAGGAAAAUUUUAUUCCCAAAGUUAGAGAGGGAUAUGAUGUCUGAGCGAUGACAUCGAAUUGUUUGAUUGACAUUUAGAUGUUUAAAUGAUAUUGAUAGUAGUAUGAGUUAGCAUGCAACAGAGAUAGAUCACAAAUAUAGAAAAGGUAAUUUUCUUGGAUUUCUCUACAUCAUGGGUCUCAGCCCCUCACUCAAAGACACUAUCAAUAUUAUGCUGGUAAUUGUGUUUUCUAGGAGUGACCGGUAAAUCUAGUAAUUCUGCUUCAGGCAUUACCCAAAAAGAUAUAGUCUGCUUGAUGCAACUUUUGUAGUGUUUUAAUCCAGAGGACUGCUACUGUUUGGCCAAUUCAUGCUGACGUUCUCGGAUUUGGGAGGGAUUUAAAUUAAUUAUCACUGUGCCUUAACAAAAGUUGCAAAAUAUAAACACCAAAAAGGUAAUUGAAUGACUGCAUUUGACUUUGUAUCCCAAUUAUUCUACAUCAGAUUUAAAGGGUCUCCAGUCAAACAAAAUUUUCUAUUGACUAAAAAGUUAAUAUCUGGUGCUUGU